AUGACGGAUUCAAAUAUUCUAAAACUUGUUUGGGAGGGUAAAAUUCCUGCUUGUUUCUCGUUGGCACAAGAAGAUCUAGCGCAUGAAGAUCAUGUUCCUCCACCCGUAUAUAUGUUUCUUCCUCGUGUUUCUUAUUUCCCGUUGGUUACUGAAAAAGUAAUAAAACAAUUCAGUCAGUUCACCCAGAUUUCGUCAACAUUGAAGCCUUCUUCCGAAGAUGCGUCUUUUGAGUCAUGGGGAAAAACAGAACGUGAAGCUCAGUUCACACCACCACCACCACCACCACUACCACCUGAUCAGGUCACGAUGUCCAAACAAUAUCCUCUAGUUAAUGAAUUUUGGCUGGAAUAUGCCCAUCAGCCUUUGAAAUGGCAUUAUCCAAUUGGACUUGUAUUCGAUAUGUGCGCUGAUACAAUAGAUAUCCCAUGGAAGAUAACAGUUCACUUUAGUAACUAUCCAACUGACUUACUGUUAUCUCCGCCUGUAAGUCGACCAGCUAUUGAGGCACAUUUCUUAUCGAUGAUCAAAGAAGCAGAUGCUCUAAAACAUCGUAGCUACGUCAUAAAUCAAAUGCAGGCUAGAGAUCAUCGUCAAUUGUGGAAUGGAUUAUUGCAUUUUCGGUAUGAUCAGUUUUGGUCAGUCAAUAGCAGAUUGAUGGAGCCUUUGUCGACCAAUAAUAAAGAACUCAUGGUGGGAGAAAUACCUUCUUCUGAAGAGUCAGAUGAGAAAUUACUUGGAAAUCAGGACAUGUUGUCUACAAAGCAUAGGACAUUUCGUUACAUACCUUGUCGUCUUUACUGUGUUACUGGGAAUUCAAGUUGUACAUCGUCAAGUUUUAUUCAGAAACUUAUUCGUCCAUUGAAUGACGAUGGUUCGCUAACUUCACUCCAAGAUGCUAUCGGAAUUCUGUUCCAGUCUCACGAAAAUUCAAGAACACAAAACGCAAAACCUGAAAAUUACUUAUUUUUUAUCCAUGGAAUAACAGUACCGUACGAAACCUCAAUGCAAUGGAUAAGUGAACACAUGUCUUAUCCUGACAACUUUAUUCAUAUAGUUGCUCGUCCACGCAGUCAAUCACAUCGAAUUCAGAUUCAUAAUCUAUUGUAA